AUGACGAUCGAUACACUCCCCUCACAAUCUAACUCUACAACUGAUUCCAGCACCCAUUCUAUUCCCCUCCGGUUUAAAAACCCUCAAGAGGUCAAACAGGCCCUAUCUGAACUAUCUCCUACGUCUUCUUCUCUUAAAGAAAGCCUUCUUCGUUGCUAUCUACUCAAUCUCAUCUUCUACCAACAAGUCGAACCCAGCCAUCCCGCUAAAGAUACAUUGAUUAAACUCAGUGUUUAUCUUGAUUUACUAGAUAAGGCCAAACCAAAACAACCCGCCCAAUCUCAGAUCCUACAACAACUAAGCAAGACUAACAACACAGAUAAAAACCUAGAUACUGAAAUAGAUAACGAAUUAGACAGUGAUAGUGACAAUCAGCCAAACUCCAUCCAAAAUGAAGAUCCAACUUCCACCCGUCGUCCCAUCAACUACGUGAUUGAAAAGAACCGUCUCCAUACCGAAAAGCGUUCCAAAAAGAAGGAAGAGCGUAACCCACGUAUUAAGAACAAGAGAAGGUAUCAAGAUGCCAAAGAUCUUGCCAAAAAGGUCCGUAACCAACAAUAA